AUGAAACAAAGACCAGUAUUUCCUUUUGCAUUUGAAGCCAAAUUGCUUUCAGAACAAAAUGAAUCGAAUCUAAUCAGUAGUAAAAUUCAAAGUAGCCACUUAAUGUAGUAUCGAUCUCCUCCGUUUUAAGCUGAUUUAUGGUGUUUACCAACAAAUGACAAAAAAUAAUUGAACUACAACAAGAAAAAUGAUUUUAUAAGAAGGUUUAUAGAUAAUAUGCUUGAUCAUAUUCGAAAAGUAAAAAAAUUAACAAACUUUCAUUUAUCAUUGAUUGGUGAUUAGGGUGCUUCUGAAGAAUUAUUGAAAAAGAGAAAAUCCUCUACACUUCAUCAUUUGAAUUAGAAAUAAUUGAUGUUUUUUUAAAAUAUUAAAAAAUCCAUUAUUAUUUAAUUAGAAAAGUUACCACUUAUUCAUCCAGGAUAAUAUAUAAAGGUAAUUUGGGAUAUUAUAGCAGUAACUGCUCGUUUAUACUUUUUAUAUAUUAUUCCGAUAGAUUUGGCAUGGGUUAAUUAAUAAUUCAUUUUCCAUGAUAUGCAGUACAUUUCGAUUAUGUUUUUACUUAUAUUAGUUUUUGAUUUAUUAUUGAGUCUAAACACAAUUUAUUUUUAAAAUGGAGAGGCUGUGUAAUCAAGAGUUCAGAUAAUUAAGAAUAGUUUGUAUAAUACAUAUGGACUACAGUGGCUAUCUGUCUUUUAAUUACUUAUAUAUUUCAUUACUUCUGCUUUUACGGAAAUUUCUUUGGACAUUUCAAAUAAUAUGUUAAAUAUUGGUUUGCUAAUAUUUUUAGUGCAUCAUAAAACAAUUAUCAAUUAUGUGACUAAUUAUGAGGAAGGUUUGAAUUUAUCUAAGUAAACUUCAUCCAUUUUGGCUUUACUAAAAUUAAUUGCAUUUCUAUUUUAUGUUAUUCAUUUAUUUUCAUGCUUUUGGUUUUGGGUAUUUAAUUCAAUACAAUUUUAGAUUGGUAGAUAUAGUAUAGAUAAUUAUGAGGGUAAGAGUUGGCUAGUUUAGACUAAUAUGUUAGAAUAAUCAUGGAAUACAUAAUAUCUUUAAGCUUUUUAUUAUACUGCUGUAACCAUAUUUACAGUUGGAUAUGGUGAUGUAACACCAUAAUCCAAUAUUGAAAAGAUAAUAACAGUUAUUUUAAUUAUGAUAUCCAGUAUUUAACUACCUUACAGUGUAAACACAGUAGGUACAAUCAUAACUGAAAUUUCUGCCUUUUCAGAAGAAAAGAAAAGAAAACUAAGAAUAAUAAACUCAUACAUGAACAAGACCUCUUUGUCAUCUGGUCUUUAAGUUUAAGUUAGGAAGUAUUUAUCUUAUUAUUGGGAAAACAAGGUUGUUUCUCAAUCUGAAGAAGAAAAAGAAAUUAUUGAUUCUUUAUCAGAAUUCCUAAAAUAAUCUUUAAUUAAUGAAGCUCAUCAAAAGAUUUUUGACUAAUGUACUUUAUUUAAGAUACCUUUUACAGAUUAAUUUAAAAAACAAUUAAUCAAAGAAGUUGAAGAAGUCCUCUUAUCUCCUGAAUAAGAUUUAAAAUAAUCCAAUGACAUUUGGCUGUAUUAUAUAGAGGAAGGCUCUGUAUAAAUAUGUGUAUAAUAGGGAAGAAGAAUAAAUCUUGGAAUUGUUAACAAAGGAGCUUCUAUAGGAAUUAAAAAUUUUAUUGUAGGAACAGAAUCUUUUGAAACUUUUAAAAGUGUUGGAUUUACCAAAGCUAUGAUACUUAAAAGGAAAAGCUUUUUAAAAAUACUAUAAGAAAAUCCUGAAGAUUAUGAAUUGUUUUGUUCUGUUAGAGAUAAAUUAAUGUUUCAAUAGGAUGAUUAGUAUUUUAAUGUAAAAUGUUUUUCUUGUGGGAAAGAUUCACACAAACUUAUUGAAUGUCCUCUUAUCAAAUUUGUACCUGAUAAAGAGUUUUUAAUUAAAAAAUAUUUGUAUCCUAAAAUUUAAGACAGGGUCAAUUUUUAAAGAAGCAAAAAAAAAGUACAGAGCUUAAGUUUAAAUAGAAAAUAAUUAGAGUAAUGUGCUUUUUUGAUCUAAAAAGAUGAGCCUUAAUUAUUCUAAAUAUAUAAAUUUGAUAAUAUUUAGAACAUUGAAGAAGAAAAAAUAAGACAUUAUAUAAAAAGAUCCAAUGCUAUUCAAAUAAUAAAUCAUCAUGUUCCAAAAAUUAAAAAAAAAAUUAUUUCUGCUUUCGAAUAGAAUUAAGAUCCUAUCAGAAAAAAAUUUCGACAAUUAGUAAAUAAAUUAAUUUCUAUAAAUAAAAUAUACCCUUAUUUUUUGAUUCAAACUUAUGUAUAAUUUGAAAAGAUGAUUGAAUAAAGAUAAAUUUAAUAAACUUUGUAAAUUUUAGAUCAAAGAUUAAAAAAUAUACAUUAAUCGAAUAAUAGAAAAUUCGAAAAAUAUAUAAAUGAUAUCACCUUUAUCAUCUAAAAAUUAUCUAAUAAAUCAUAUAUUGAUGAUUAAGAAUUUGAAAGUCCUCAAACAUAUAAAUAUUAUUUUAGGAAAGAUAAUUUUUCAAUUGUUAAAUCCAAAAACUUUUUAUAAAAUUUAAGCAUUUUAAAGAAAUUUAUAUAAUAUGUUUAAUAUCCAGGAGAUCUGAUCAAGCAAUUUAAUUUAACUUAAAUAGGAAUGUUCUUAGUAACAAACAAGAGAAGACAAAAUUUCUGUGUCUCAGCUGAUCAGGCUUUUAAAUGA